CCGCCGCGCCCGCCGCGGGCCGCUCUGCUCCCUCCUGGCUGGCGCUACCCUCGCCGCCCAGGUUCCGUUGCUGUCCCUCUGCCAAGGGUGCCAAGCCCUGGAGCUCUCCUCGCACCUCCCGCCUGAGACCAAGCGCCAGGUGCCGCCUGAAGCCACACUGCCCCUUUGGGAGCGAGCCUGAGGACAGUGAUUUGGAAACACAACAGAAUCUGGACUCAGAGCCCCCAGUGAGGAACCAAACCUCUGCUUUUUCAUCUGUAUCAUGGAUGUCAAGCAAUCAAUGCCUCAGACUGAUAAGCAAAUAUGCAUCCCGCCCGAGCUGCCGGAAUUGCUGAAGCAGUUUACCAAAGCCGCCAUCCGGACCCAGCCCCAGGAUCUCAUCCAAUGGGCUGCCGAUUAUUUUGGGUCUAUGUCCCGUGGAGAGAUCCCUCCAGUGAGAGAGCGGUCUGAGCGAGUUGCUUUGUCCAACUGGGCGGAGCUCACACCUGAGCUGUUAAAGAUCCUGCAUUCUCGGGUUGGUGGCAGGCUGAUCAUCCAUGCCGAUGAACUGGCUCAGAUGUGGAAGGUGUUGAAUCUGCCAACAGAUCUGUUUAAUAGUGUGAUGAACGUGGGUCGCUUCACGGAGGAGAUCGAGUGGCUGAAGUUCUUAGCCCUUUCCUGCAGCUCUCUUGGAGUUACCAUUGCCAAAACUCUUAAGAUAGUAUGUGAAGUUUUGUCCAGUGACCAUGAUGGUGGACCUCCACGGAUCCCUUUCAGCACCUUCCGGUUUCUCUACACAUAUAUUGCUGAAGUGGAUGGAGAAAUCUCUGCAUCCCAUGUCAGCAGAAUGCUAAACUACAUUGAACAGGAAGUAAUUGGUCCUGAUGGUUUAAUCAAGGUGAAUGACUUUACCCAAAAUCCCAGGGUUCGGCUGGAAUAAAAACACAGUUUUGGCAAUUUUAAAGGAAGAUACAGAGAUGAUUGUACUUCGCAAUGGCUUAACCCCAUACACCAUCCAAAGUCAAUUUUCUUGUGCAACUGGUACACACAAAUAAACAAUUAGGCAAACGUAUGAAA